GGCAAGUGUUUCCCAAAUUGGGUUUGUGAUCCAUUAUUAUUUUUGAAUUUAUCAUCUAUGGAGCUCAGCAAUUGUAAGAGAUGCACUUUGUUACCAUCACUUGGUCUACUACCUGUUCUCAAAAGAUUGAUUAUUGAAGGCAUGGAUGUUAUAGAAGCUGUAGGUUAUGAGUUUUAUGGGGGACAAGACUGUUUUCCAUUACUAGAGGAACUGGUGUUUCGAAACAUGUUAAAUUGGAAGGAGUGGACUUCUCCAACUAGAAGUGAAGGUGAAUUCCCUUGUCUUUAUAGGUUUUUGAUUCAAAAUUGUCCUAAGUUGUUAGGCCAAUUACCUAGCAACCUUUCUUCACUUAAAGAGUUGGAUGUUAGAAGCUGCAAUGCGAUGCUUUUGAAGAGUAUGGAUGAUCGUGCCUCGCUUGCUAAUUUAAGAAUUAAGGGAAUUUCAGAACUGACUUGCUUGCCGAUGAGUAUGAGUCUUCCAUCACUGAAAGAGCUGUAUAUGGAAAACUGCAACGGGGUGCUUUUAAAUUGCAUCGUCAAUCUGACCUCCCUCACUAAAUUGAGAAUAAGGGCAAUUGCAGAACUGACUUGUUUGCCUAAGAGUUUUACACAGUCCUUGAUAGCACUUGAGAUUCUAGAUAUUGGAUACUGCAAUGAUCUUACUUGUUUGUGGGAGGAAGGGGCAGAAAUAGAACAAAGCCUCUUGCCUUUCAAUCUUAAACAUCUUAGUCUUAAGCAAUGUAGAGCUUUGGAGUCAUUACCCAAUGCAAUGAUGGUGCAAAUGGAUGGAAGCAGUAGCAGUAACACUGGUAUGUUGAUGUUGAGACUUGAAAAGUUGGAAAUUUCUGGUUGUGAUUCUAUCAAGUCUUUUCCAAGAGGCAAAUUACCUAUCACACUUAAAUACUUGAGACUAGCAGACUGUCAAGGUCUCGGGUCUCUACCGGAUUCAGAUAGUGACACUAAUAGUAAUCUACAUUUGGAAAUAAGUAAUCUUCCAUGUUUGUAUUCUUUUGAGUGUUGUCAUCAAUUACCAGCUUUUCUCAAGAGAUUUGCAAUUUGUGGUUGCGAAUGGGUGGAAUCAUUCCCAGAGAAGAUGCUGCAACAUUGUACGGGACUCCAAUCCAUUUCUAUUUGUGAGUGUAAAAUAUUGAAAAGUUUACCAACCCUUAAUUGGGUCAGCAAUCUCGUUGAAUUAUCUAUUGCAAGCUGUGAACUUCUCAAGUCCUUCCCAAAUACGAUGUAUCAGUUGAAAUCACUUCGAAGUCUGUCGAUGGAAGACUGUCCCGGCAUCGAGUUCAUUCCAGAUGGGGGUUUGCCCCUAAGCUUAACAGACCUUGCAUUCUUAGACUGUAAGAAUCUCAAGUUCCUCCCAAGUACGAUGUACCAGCUGCAAUCUCUUCAAAGGCUAUGGUUGGAAGACUGCCUCAGCAUUGAGUUCAUUCCAGAUGGGGGUUUGGCCCCAAACUUAACAGAUCUUAGAUUAGACUGUAUGAAUCUCAAGUAUAUACCAAGAACAAUGGACCGGCUCACAUCACUUCAGAGACUAACAAUUCCAGGUGGGGCUUUGAUUAUGGGCCUCCAAAACCUUACAUCUCUUCAAGAAUUGACAAUUGAGCAGAAACUUCCUCUGGAUAUUGUGUUGCCUUCUUUUUUAGCCUCUCUUGAGAUAAAGAAUGAAGAAAAUUUGAAAUUCAUACCAGGAGGGCUCUUCCAAAACCUAAACUCCUUUCAAAAGUUAUGGAUAAUUGACUGCCAGAAGCUACAAUCCUUGCCAAUGGAAGCCUUCCCUCCUUCACUUGGAGAACUAUACAUCAGCAGGUGUCCACUUCUAAAACGACAGCGCUUUGAGGCGAAAGGAGACUACUGGACUCUCACCUGUACCAUCCCCAAUGUUGAGAUAGAUGAGGAUGAGGAUGAGGACCUCAUGUUUGAAGACUUGGGAGCCUGCUGAUUCAGAAGGAUAUUCUAUAGUACCUUACUUCUUGCCUGCUGCAUGCCAUAUGGACUGCCCUUUGUUCAAAUGUGAUUUUUCUAUAAGCUGGAACUGAAACGCAGAUGACCAAGCCAAGCUGCAGGCAGUUUGACAAAUUUUUCUUUUGGGAAAGCAGAACUUACCCUGUGGAAAUUAAGAGAGGAAUUAAUUUUGCAAUAAGUGACAAUUUGCACAUACUGUAGUAAUUUAACCAUAUCUUUUUCUCUAGGUAUCGGAUUGAGUUGAUUCUUUAGGCGUUGGAAAGCUAAGAGGCAGAGCUACAAUUGAUGUUUUAUGAGCUUAACCCAGUUCUAGCUGUAUCAAUACAGAUUUUUGGUUGAA